AGCCCAGCGAAUUUCCUCAAGGAUGUGACAGCCAGCAAAUUACGCAACCAAAACACUCCUCUUUUUGCCCACAACGGCAUCGGCAAAACCACAUCGAGGAUCGACCCGCGAACAGGAUGGCUGGGAAAGGGAAGGGCAAAGGGAAGGGCAAAGGCAAAGGAAAGCCUGAAGUCAACGAAAACCUUCCGUUAACCGAGAUGACCGAGGAGCAACUGAUGGAGCGCAUUACUAAGAUGACAGAGGAGCUGGCCCGCAUCCAGGAGGAGAAGAAGAGCUUCCAGCUCAUGAGGGACCAGGUCAAAGCCUUCUGGGAGAUCUCCAAGCAGAAGCUCCAGGACGUGAAGGACAAGCUGAGGGAGGGCAGCAUCGUCCGAGACGAGGCCAAGAUGCUUCACCGGGUGAAGGUGGCCAAGUACCAGCAGAAAGUGAGGCACCUGGAGUCAGAGUGUCACAGCAACAUUUCUCAGCUGAAGCUAGACAAGGCGGGGUUCUCCACCCUCAAUGACAACAAGCGCUUUGAGAUGGAGCAGGGCGCUCUGAACGAUAUCCGCUGCCUCCAGGUGGACCUGAGCGAGAAGGAGCUCCUAAGCCAAAACCACAUUGAAGAGCUGAAGUUUGACCAGGCGUCCGAGCUGGUGGAAAUCCACGUCCCACACGACUGGAGGACGGUGGAGCUGGAGGCCAAACACAACGCUGAGAUUCUCCCCAUGAUCGAGGCGUCUGAAAAAAAGCUGGAGGCAGAAAUCAACAUUCUGGACACCCGGAUGCAAAUACGCCUGGAAACGCUGAAGAGGGAACAUGACGGCGCCUUCCGACAGGCGCUCAAGCUGAGUUCGGACUUUUACCAAGCCCACAUGGAUGAGAUCUGCCUUCUGGAGAAACAGCUGACAACGCUGAUGUGCCAGGGCGUGGUGCGCCAGCUGUCCUCCGCUCACAAGCUAUCGUGUCCGCAGGAGAACCUCCAGCAGGACAAGAAGAAGCUGCAGGAGCUCCACAAGCAGUUGGAGAAGCACAACGAGGACAAGGCCUUGAGGGAGGCCAGUGACGCUCGCCUGAAGGUGCUGGAGGACGAGCUGGAGGAGCUGUCUAUGAAGGACGGCAUGCUGCUCCAGGAGCUUCAAAGCAAGGAGCUGGAGCAUGAGACUCUGCUCAGGAAGCACGCAAAGGCUCUUCUGGACGCACAGCACCGAAACGGACUGAAGAAGAGCCAGCUGAAGCUGAAAGUGCAAGAAGUGACCGAAACGCUGGAGAAGCUGGAGAAGAGCCUCGGCGUGUGACAAUGCCGGCGGAUGGGCGCAUGCCUCACCUCUGGCUUGGGAACGCCUGGUGGAACUGGAGGAGUUGA